AUGAAUAACAUAAUAAUAUACAUUUUAUACGUUGCAUCGUUUUCGGGAAGAGUUUGGAGUUAUGGUUGCGAUUCGAUAUUUCAUGGAAAAUGUUUUUGUGGUAAUUUGAUAUAUCAAGAUAGAGUUCAGUAUGUUGUCAAUUGUACAAACACACAAUUUACCAAUUCCUCAGUUCUCGAAUACCUUCCAGAAGAAGUUGAGGUUUUGAUAUUUACCGGAAAUUCAAUACCAGAACUUCCUUGGAAUAUAUUUGGAUUCGUUAGAAAUUAUAGUCAUUUGAGAGUUGUCGACAUGUCGAAUAAUAAAAUAAAAGAAAUAUUUGGAAAAUCUUAUCACAGAGUAUCGACAGUCGAAAGGCUCAUAUUGAAUCAUAACGAUAUAUCGAUAUCCUCCGGUAAAAAUUACAAUCAUCAUCAUCCGCGUGUUUUUUCAAAUUUUGAAAAUUUAAAAGAAUUACAUUUGACAAAUGCAUUUUCCGACACGUCUGAAAAUUUGGCAUCCGACCUACACGACAUAUUCGUCAAUAGCAAUUUAACAAAAUUGAUAAAACUUCAUUUGGAACAGAAUAAAAUAACAGAAUUUGGUGAUAAGAGAGUUUUUUGCGAUUUACCAAGCAUAAUGGAUUUAUAUUUGGGAGAUAAUCUUCUCACCGGUAUCAAUUUCGAAAUAACUUGUUUAAAACAUUUAAGAUAUAUCGAUUUGGAAAAUAAUAGAAUAAAAGUUUUGAGUCCGAGAGAAUUGAAAAUAUUCGAUAGUUUUCCAGAAAGGAAUCAAUCAUUGACGUUAGACUUACAUAAUAAUCCGUACACGUGUGAAUGCGGUUCAAAUGAAUUAUUCGAUUGGCUUCGUACCACAAAAGUUGAAGUAAGACGUAAAAAUCAAAUACGUUGUUAUCACGAACCCUUAUCAACGACAAAUAAAAAAUCCGAAUGUUUAUUUGAUCUUGUUAAAACAUUUUCUCCUCCUCCUAUUCCUACAGGACCACCACAAUCAACGCCACAAUAUCAAGCAACUGAAAUUUUAUUAGGUUUACUUUUAAUUAUAUUAAUUGUAUUAUUACUUGGUCUUUUAUAUGCCAACAGAAAAACUAUCAGGUACAACAUGAAUCCUAUACUUAGUAGUGUAUCUAAAAAAGUUCAUUAUGUUUCUAUUGGACACUCCGAAGAACAAGAAGUUGAUAAAAUUCAAAAAUGA